GGGUUUUCUCUUUUCUUAAGCGAAUGCAAUUUCCUAUUUUGUUAAGUUCGGUAAAAAAAAAAAGAAUGUUUACACAGUUUGACAGAACAGUGAAGAAAACAAAUUGCCUAUUUUUUGUAUAGCCAUACUCUCAUUUAAACGUUUUUGUGUGGCCUUUGGGGAUGUAGCAUACCAGAGCAUACAUAUAUGGAAUUAUGAGAUUAAUCACUGUUCGUUAUCUUCACCUUUCAUGCACAAGUGCAUUUUGAUCUGAUUCUUUGAUGUAAAGUUUUUAUGGGUUUGCUGAAUUAUCAAAGUACAAGGUGACAUGAUGAGUUAUUUAUUAAAUUUCAUUCUUCCAAAGUAAAGAGACUCAUUCGUUUUGAAUGACACCAUGUCUGAUGAGAGAAAUUUUCGGACUUACUAUUACGACAAGUUUGGGAUCAGUGGUGUGGAGGAGAGGAAAUCUCUGGAGAUACUUCUCAAAGAAAAACCAAUCAGUGUGGAAAAAUUAAAGCAGUUUUGUCUGCGAUUCGCCAUGCCAGUACUGUAUCGUAACUAUGUUUGGAAAUUAAUUUUGGACAUAUUAUGUGCAAAUCCAGAUGGUCACAAAUUCCUCAUGCAACAACGAUCACAGAAAUACAAUGACUUACAUCAUGCUGUGAAACUGUUACGCUAUGUUCAUGAGGACACACCUAUCGGAAAAGUCUUUCUCAAAAUGUACCUUGUGGAGUCGGGCCAGAUCAAGUUUGAGCAAUAUAAGUUUGAUUCUGAGUUUGAAGAUUUCGUAUCCAUCGCAUCAACAAUGGCAGACAUUUGUGACGAUAUGACAGACGCUUACCUGUUCUCUGUUGAAUUUUACAAAAUGUUUAUAAAAUCCCGGGACAGUACUUCCAAUCUGGUUCAGAAAACGAUCCAUUGCUUGAAGUCUGAAGAUGGAGAUGGUAAAUUAUUUGACCAUUUCAAAAAUCAUGACCUCUGGAGUUCUUUGCCAUUGCCAUUGUGGUUCAAUAGCUGCUUUGCAAGAGUGCUGCCCGAGACAUCCAUUGAAAGAAUCUGGGAUAAAGUGGUGGGAGGUGCUCACGGCAUUGUUGUCUACGUAGCAGUGGCCAUUUUCCUGACCUUCAAGCGACCUCUGCUCAGUAUGAAGAGUAGGGAGGAUAUGCUUCAUUAUCUAAUGGAGGUUAGUUUUAUGUUUAUUGUUACUCAAUAUGUCUACACAGAAUUCACAAAUUUACCUAAUGAGCACUGCAGGUGCUUGUAAAUUUGAUGGAAAAAAUGAAGAAAUACCGCUCCCAGAAGAUUGUGGGGACAUAAUUGUAACCAAAGCCAUAGACUUGUGGAGCAAACACUCUUAACUG